AACUCCGUAGGAUAUGGUUUUAAUUUUAGACGCUGGACUUUUAUAAAAAGAGCGCAGUAGCAGUUGUUCUUUCUGCUCGUGUUGUUGGCUAACGUUAGUGGAACCCUCUUUUUCGUCACGUUGGCUAUUUUCAGGCUUGUUCGUUUGUUGUGGGUAAUCUUUUGAGAAGCCGUCAGUGCGCACGUGCUAUUAGCUAUGAAGCUAAAGAAGCGACCAAACAUCUUGCUAACAGGAACGCCUGGGGUUGGAAAGACGACUUUAGGAAAAGAGCUGGCACAGCGGACUGGGCUGAAUUAUAUUAACGUUGGUGAUGUUGCUGAGGAAGGUCAACUCUUUGAUGGCUAUGACGAAGAGUAUCAGUGCCCAGUUUUGGAUGAAGACAGGGUGGUUGAUGAGCUAGAGGAGAAGAUGACAGACGGCGGUGUGAUUGUUGACUACCAUGGUUGCGACUUCUUCCCUGAACGCUGGUUUCACAUUGUGUUUGUUCUCCGCGCAGACAACACUCAGCUAUACAAUCGGCUAGAAAGCAGGGGGUACACAGGCAAGAAGCUCCAAGACAACCUACAGUGUGAAAUCUUCCAGACCAUCUAUGAAGAGGCCAUGGAGGCCUACAACCAGGAAAUUGUCCAUCAGUUGUCCAGCAACACACCUGAGGACCUGGAGCACAACCUGGAGCAGAUCGUACAGUGGACUGAGCAGUGGACAAAGGACAAUAACUAGAACCUGAAGUGUUGUUGUGACACUCUUAAAGCUCACUGUUGGACAACUGAUGGACUGUUUAUUUGUGUACUUUUCACUCUGUGAAGGUUCAGAAGGUGGUGAGCUCAGUGUCAUCACUUGCUUGGUGCACUGUGGUUUUCUGCCUUUAUAGAACCACUGAGUUCUCUGUUUUUCUUUAAUAAAUGUAAAAUGGAGAAUAGAGUCACUUGUAAAGU